CCAGCCCACACAUCAUGGGCGGUGACAUCAUGCUUGACGACCGCCGCGUUGCUAAGGACGCCGCGCCAGCCGUCAGCCCGCCCCUACCCAGUAACGAGUCGGCCGUCGAGAGGUAGAGUGUUUGCCUGUCUCUGCGUCUGUUCCUCGAUCAUUUGUUAGUGAUGGCGCCCAAGAAGAAAGGAAAGGGGAAGGGGGACAAGCUGGCCAGGAUGUCGGUGGAGCAGCGGCAGCAGUACUUGGACCGGCGGGCGGCGCAGGAGGCGGAGAGUGCCCGCAGGAAGGAGGAGCUGUUGGCGGGGUUCCUUAAGCUCAAGUUAGCGGACGAACGGAGGAUGGGGGAGGUGAACGAGGCGCGGCUUAUGACCAAGUGGCGGGAGGUGCUGCGAGAGGCAAAGACAGCCACGCUUUCCACGCAGCUCCAGGAACUACGGGAGCGUGUAGCGGAGGGCACCACCAGACUGAACGGCCUCAUCCAGCUGCUCAGAUCACAGGUGGCUCAGGCGCACCACCAGCGUGCCCAGGCUGCUCAGAACCACCUCGCUGCCGUGCACAAGCUGUCAGAGUUACACGAGGAGCACGUCAGCGUCCUCACUCAGUACCUACGAGGGCGGGAGGCUGAAAUAUCGGGAUCCGCGGCUGCUGGGACGGAACAUCUUAGCGCCACGCACCUCCACCAACUGCGCCGCUUGUCCCUCGUUCUUCAGGCCUCUCAGCGGGACCAUGAUUUAUCAGAGAAGGAGCAGCUGGCGGCCUUCCACACCACCCUCACGCAGAUCACUACUCAGCUGGAGGAGGAGGUGGCGGCGGCGCGAGUGGAACGGGAGAACCAGCUGGAGAGGGCGUGGGGGCAGCUGGCGGCGAGCGUGAGGCAGCACCAGGCAGACACCUCCACGCUCAGAAGUUCCUGUCACCGCUUGCAGAAGAGAGUCUCGGCCCACCGCGCCACGCUCUCCUCCAUCACUGUGUCCACCAAGGAAAUGCAGGGUGAGGUGGAAGCGCUGAAGAAGCAGCUGCGGCAGGAGAGGUCCCCGACAGCGGCCGAACAAGAGCUGCGCCGCCUGCGAGGUGCCGUGGGUGUGGUGCGUGCAGCCACAGCGGGGCAGCGGGUGGCGGGCCGCACGCUGUUCAAGGCCAUCAAUGCACGGGGUGAUCAGGCUACGCAGCGAGUGACACAGAUCCUGAAGGAGGGGCAGAUGGUAUUGGAACUCGCUGCUGUCUGUCGGCGGCUGGAGACUAACAGAGAUCGCAACCUGCCCUUCCUCCCGCCCUCCAUUGUUGCAGAUGCGUCCUGCAGACUCUCACCCCAACCCUCAGUGCCCUCUGUGGAACUCCUCGCCCUCCCCCCGGCUCGCCCCGCCCCUCAGGAGACCGAGACUCUGGUGGGAAUGCACUCAGAGACGGACGAAGGCAUCGGUUCCUCCGUCUAUUCCUCCAAGGGGGCUUCUACUGUUCGUUCCUCCCGAGGCGCGCACACAAGUCGCCAUCCCCUUCGACCAACUACAGGGAACAAGAGGACACACAAUAUUCCAUCAAAGGGAGGAGGCAUAGUGAACAUUGGCGAGGAGCAGCACCAGGAGUCUGCAGACGAGGGUGCAGAGACACAUCCAAGUACCGCGCUCUCCUUACCCCACCUUCCCCCCUCCUCCUCUUCCUCCUCUGUCAACUCUAACGCAAGCACACCCGCUCCACCCCUACCCACGUCACACCCUGGCGGGCGGAGGGCGUCGCUAGGGAGGGAGAAGUUGGAAAGGAUAAACGAGCUGCUGUUCCACGAGGAGGCCAAUCAUGACGCGGGGCAGGGCGAGGAGUUUGGACCCAUCCCAGACUUUGUGCUGCAGGAGGCGGACGCGGCGCUCAGGACACACGAAGGGCUGCGUAACUUCUGGCGCAAGUACCACCAGGUCCAGCUGGAGCGUCUCGCCCUACGCGGGGAGGCUGCUGCAUUGCAGGAGGAGGGGCGUCACUUGAGAGCCCUCCUAAAGAAGUAUUUCGUGUCCCUGGGGAUGAGUGACGCAGCGCUGCGCCUUCCCUCCUCCACACCGCUGUGUGUCGGUGGCUUGCCGCCUUGCGUCCCUGCAGUGGGAGACGUGAGAGGGCGGUCCAAGUCUCUGCCUACAAGAAGCACCGGUGUCUCCUUCUAUAGUCCCUCUAGCGGCAGCAGCGGACCCCCCAGUCCCUUGCCUCCCGCCGGCGUGAUGGUGCAGGAGGGCCGUGUGUUGCUACGAGCCAUGGCCAAGCACCACACCGCGCUGCGCCACCCUGAACCUGGCACCACCACCGUCACCAGGCUCACUGUCACGUGAUUCUGCAGGUGUCACGAUAGCCUCCAGUUCGGAGUGGUGUAUGUAGCAUUGUCCCCAAGCCUGUAACAAUACAAAGAAUAUGAGUGAGGGUGAAUAAAUGAAUUCUAUA